AUGUCCUCCUUCUACCUCGCAUUCUGUGUGAUAUGUAUAACGGUUCUCAAAGAGCUCAAUGCCAUCGUCGAUGAGCCAUACAUGGACGAACCUUUCCACAUUCCGCAGGCGCAGGCAUAUUGUUCGGGGGAUUUUAUGAGAUGGGAUCCGAAAAUUACGACCCCACCAGGAUUGUAUCUACUAUCCGUCCUUCUCAAACGCUUGUUUUUGUUUAAAUGCAGUUUGCCCAUGCUACGCCUUACCACACUGUUGACACUCUUGGCACUCCCAAUUGCGCUGACCCGUUUACUCUGUUAUCAUAAACGGGAAAGGCCGCCAGCCUCUCUUCUUUCGCCGAUGCCUGAGUCCGUUGUCCUCUCCCUGUUUCCGAUCGCGUGGUUCUUCGGAUUCCUCUAUUACACAGAAGUGCCUAGCCUUCUUUUUGUAGUUUGGACAGUGGUUGCUGCUUCAAAUAACCGUCACUGGCUUGCAGCGUUGCUUGGUCUGAUUAGCUGCGCAUUUAGACAAACCAACAUAGUUUGGGUUCUCUAUGCAUAUGCCUCAAGUCAGCUCAUGUUUCUGCGGUUCAGGCGUCCUGGACCGGGUGCGGAGCUGCUGCCGAAGCUGCACGACCCAUUUGCUCUUGCUGCCCAGCUAGGAGAUCUAGGAAAGUGUCUGCGGAGUGUCCCUUGGAUUUUAAUGGAUAUUUUGCCUUCUUUCGUACCCUACACGUUGGUUCUCACUUCCUUUGGAGCUUUUGUUGUCUGGAAUGGGGGUGUUGUACUUGGCGACAAAUCAAAUCACAUACCGUCCCUCCAUAUUCCACAGCUUUACUACUUUAUUGCAUUCAGCACGUUCUUUGGCUGGCCUGUUCUGAUCAGUGGCCCUGGAGGUGCCCCUUUGUUGUUUCGUGGAGUUUGGAGCCGCAUUCGUUGUUUGUUUAAUGUUCUCGUUUGCCUAGCAAUGGGUGUCACGGUGAAAUUCUUUACUAUACACCACCCAUUCUUGCUCUCGGACAACAGACACUACACAUUUUAUGUGUGGAGAAGGAUAUAUAUGUUCCACCCUCUAGCUCCAUAUGCGUUGAUUCCGAUUUACCUGGCCUGUGCUUGGGCGUGGUUUUUGCGUGUCGGCCGUGAACAGACCAUACUACAAACCUUGAUUCUUCCAGUGUUUGUGAUACCAACAUUGCUGCCGACACCUCUUUUAGAACCGCGUUACUUUCUCAUCCCUUACAUCCUAAUGCGAUCACAGGUGACUUUUAUACCGCCGUGGGGUCUGGUCAUCGAAGGGUUGUGGUAUGGGGUUGUCAACGGAGUAACAAUGAGUGUUUUUCUGUAUCGGGCUAGAGACGGGGUUGGACGGUUCAUGUGGUAG